AUGGCUGACCAGGCUGUCGCCCGUCUCGCCGGCAUCAAUGUCGGCGCUCCGGCGCACAUCGUUCCCAGUGCUGAUUUCGGCCUCAUCGGUCUGGCCGUUAUGGGUCAGAACCUGAUCAUGAACGUUGCUGACAACGGUUACACCGUUUGCGCCUACAACCGCACAACUGCCAAGGUUGACCGUUUCCUGGAGAACGAGGCCAAGGGCAAGUCCAUUGUCGGUGCUCACUCCAUCCAGGAGUUCUGCGCCAAGCUCAAGCGUCCUCGUCGUAUCAUGCUCCUCGUCAUGGCCGGCAAGCCCGUCGAUGACUUCAUCGAGUCCCUCCUCCCCUUCCUCGAGGAGGGUGAUAUCAUCAUCGACGGUGGUAACUCCCACUUCCCCGACAGCAACCGCCGCACCAACUACCUCAAAGGCAAGGGCAUCCGCUUCGUCGGCAGCGGUGUCUCGGGUGGUGAGGAGGGUGCCCGUUACGGUCCUUCCAUCAUGCCCGGUGGUAACGAGGAGGCCUGGCCCUACAUCAAGGAGAUCUUCCAGAAAAUCUCCGCCAAGUCUGACGGUGAGGCUUGCUGCGACUGGGUCGGUGACGAGGGUGCUGGUCACUUUGUCAAGAUGGUUCACAACGGUAUUGAGUACGGUGACAUGCAGCUUAUUUGCGAGGCCUACGAUAUCUUGAAGCGCGGUCUCAAGCUCUCCAACAAGGAGAUCGGUGAUGUUUUCGCCAAGUGGAACACUGGUGUUCUCGACUCCUUCCUCAUCGAGAUCACUCGUGAUAUCCUCUACUACAACGAUAACGAUGGCACUCCCCUUGUUGAGAAGAUCCUUGACAAGGCUGGCCAGAAGGGUACCGGCAAGUGGACUGCCAUCAACGCUCUUGACCUUGGUAUGCCUGUCACCCUGAUCGGCGAGGCUGUGUUCUCUCGCUGUCUCUCUGCCCUUAAGGAUGAGCGUGUGAAGGCUAGCAAAAUCCUCCCCGGCCCUACCCCCAAGUUUGAGGGUGACAAGGAGGCCUUUGUCAACGACCUCGAGCAGGCCCUUUACGCCUCCAAGAUUAUCUCCUACGCCCAGGGCUUCAUGCUCAUCCAGGAGGCCGCCAAGGAGUACGGCUGGAAGCUCAACAAGCCUUCCAUUGCUCUCAUGUGGCGCGGUGGUUGCAUUAUCCGCUCCGUCUUCCUGAAGGACAUCACCGAAGCCUACCGCAACGACCCCAAGCUUGAGAACCUGCUCUUCGAUAAGUUCUUCCUGGAGGCCAUCACCAAGGCCCAGGACGGCUGGCGUAACGUGGUCAGCAAGACUGCUCUCUGGGGUAUCCCCGCUCCCGCCUUCACCACCGCCCUCAGCUUCUACGACGGCUACCGCACCGCCGACCUGCCCGCCAACCUGCUCCAGGCCCAGCGUGACUACUUCGGUGCCCACACUUUCCGCAUCAAGCCCGAGUGCGCCAACGAGACCUUCCCCGAGGGCAAGGACAUUCACGUCAACUGGACCGGCCGUGGUGGUGACGUGUCUGCCUCUACCUACAUCGCAUAA